AGGAGGAGGAUCCCUGAUGCGUUGUGGUGGGCAUUGUGCUGUGGAGUGGUUAUCCUCUUUGUCUAUAUUCUCAGCAAAGGGAACCAGAUUGAGUCAAGACCAGCUUUGGCACAGAUUAUUUCUGUCUUUGUUUGCCUUUGAUGAUGAAGACACCAAGUGCCUCUUCAGUUGUUCCCUUUCAACCUCCCAAACAAUCUCGUCAACACAGAAACCGUGAGGUGAGUUCACGGUUUCUUCCAUCAUCUCCAACAACAACCUCUGUUGAACACUCUUUUCCUUCUUCUCCACGUGAAGUUCUCUCUCCACUUCGACGCAAGACCGGUUCUAGUUCAACAAGACACAGCAACAGCAGCAAGCACGCCGAAGAACAAGGCCCUGCCACACGCCAUCAUCAACUAUGGCCUUCUUCUGCUAAGAGAAACUCUGUCACGCUUGCUGAUCGAAUCAGCGAGGACAGGAUCAUAGAAAACCUUGAACAUGACAAACAGAUCGAUUCUAAGAAGCCCAACAAGGCAAGUUCUGUUUUUUCUUCUAGGACUAAAAACAAGAAUAGCAGCACUCUUGAGAAUGGUUCAAACAAUGGCUAUGGGAAGAAACACCGUUCCAUUGUUCCUGGAAGAUUUUCCUUGGAUGAGAAUGCCUUGCACAGAAAGUUAUCAUCAGGGAGAAACUCUUUUUCCUCCAUGAACUCGGUUGAUUCAGAAUCGGAUUACAGCGAGGUGUCCAUGGGUUUGAAUUCAAGGGAAAAGGGAGUUGAGGUUCCCUCCAAGUACAUGAGUGAUGAGAUGAAAACAAGGCCUAGAAAGGGGACUUCAGAUUCCAACAUUGUAGAUAUUAUGAACACCAAUGAUUCCUCCAUUUUAUUUAAGAAACUCAACUUGAAAACCCCCAUCAAGAGGGCUAACUCUCUUACAUCAGGUUACAAGAGUUCUACGUCUCAGUGGGCUUUGUCACCUGGAAGGACUAGUUCACCAUCCAUGUCGAUUGAAAGCAUGGAUAAACCGUUGUCCUUUUCGAGCUUGAAGAAACAACAUAGUAGUCCCAUCAUGACUAGAGGAGUGGAGAGAUUUUUGACCAUGGGUUUUGAUCUCUUCAAGAGCAAGAAAUCCUUGUUAAAUCCUUCUUCGCCAAUGGGUUCUGGUGGGAAUUAUGAGGCUGGCCAUCAGCUUCGCUUGCUUGAAAAUCGGUUGAUGCAAUGGAGGUAUGCAAAUGCUAGAGCCAAAGUUGUAAAUGAAAACAUUUUUAAUCAAGCACAGAGCAAUUUGUUAUGUGCAUGGGAUGGCCUCACAAAGCUGCAGAGUUCAGUGCUAAAAAAGAUGAUACAAUUCAGCAAACAGAAGCUUAAUAUGAAGCUCAAUUUCAUAUUGUAUUCUCAAAUGAAACUGUUGGAGACUUGGGGAGGUUUGGAAAGGCAACACUCGUCAGCAAUUACCAAGAUCAAAGAGAGUUUGUAUUCUGUUAUCUGUAGAAUUCCCCUCUUGGAAGGUGCAAAGGUGGACUUACAAUCAACAUCAAUCACUCUACGGCAUGCAACUGAUAUCACGGCUUCUAUCGCGUCAAUGUUAACUUGUUUCCCACCUUCAGUUGAUGAGACUGCUUUACUGCUAUCAGAAUUAGCAGAAGUAGUUGCACAAGAGAAACAACUCUUAGAAGAGUUCUAUGAUCUUUUCCAAAUCAUAUCUGUCUUUGAGAUUCAAGAGAGAAGUGCAAAGUGCAAUCUCAUUCAACUUGAAAGUUGGCAAUGGAAACAACAAAAGAUGUUGAAGUCCAUGCUUGGAUGCUGCAAAGUAUACAUAUCAGAGAGCAGAAACAAGACUGCAUUAGAAUCUAUUGAAAAAGCUGCAAGUCUUUUUCCAAAGGCUCCCAUAAUCAACAAGUUUGAGGAUGUGGACUACAACAGAGUUGGUUACACUCUUGUCUCUGAGUUUGAGGAAUCAGAGCCAUCAUUGUCGUCAUCAUCAUCAUGUCAAUUGACAUGUGCUGUGCUUGCAAUGGUGAAGGCUGCAUUUGAUGCAAUUGACUUUGGAUUGCACAGUGGAACUCAUCCUAGGCUUGGUGUUGUGGACCACAUUUGUUUUCACCCCUUGGCUGGUGCUUCCUUGGACCAAGCAGCUACGGCUGCUCGCUCCUUGGCUACGAAAACAGGCUCUACCCUGCAAGUACCUACUUUUCUAUAUGGAGCAGCACAUGAAGAAGGGAGGACGCUUGAUUCAAUCCGAAGAACACUUGGUUAUUUCAAGCCAAAUGCUAAUCAAAACAGAUGGAUUGGGGGGCCAACAUCACACACUUUGCCCCUGAAUCCAAACAGUGGUCCUGCUCAAGUGACUCCAGCUAAAGGUGUUUUGAUCAUUGGAGCAACGAAUUGGGUUGAUAAUUACAAUGUCCCUCUAUUAUCUUCUGAUAUUAGUGCUGUUCAUAGAAUUGCGAAACUUGUUAGCGGAAGAGGUGGUGGGCUUCCUUCUGUACAGGCCAUGGCACUUGCACAUGGUGAAGGUGUCAUUGAGGUAGCCUGUAACUUGUUGGAUCCGAAUAAAGUUGGUGGAGAACAAGUACAAAAUAAAGUUGAGUGCCUUGCAAAGGAAGAAGGUAUUUCUGUGGGAAAGGGAUACUUCACAGACUUCUCGCAAGAAGAAAUUAUUCAAAAAUAUUUGGAGCUGUUUAAGGAGAGAAAUUGAUGUCAAACAAUACCAGGUAUAUUGGAUUUUGCCAUUUGAUGAAUUUUCAUUCAAGGAGUCAAUUUGGCAUUUCCCUUGAGAUUAGGAGAGAAUAUAUGUAUAAGGAUGAGUUCUUCAUGCUAAAGCUCAUCCUUAAAUUUUUAUUCUCAUUUUCAAGGGACAAUAAGAUUGUUCCUAAAAGACAUCAAUGUAGCUUCUCAUGAGGAUCCCAAAUAUUUUGAUCCAUCCAAUGAGCAUUAUGUUAUAACCUAUAGAACAUGAAAAGAUAAGAACCCAACCCAACCAUAUUGAUACCUCCUCUGAUCUUGUGUAAGUUCUAUCUUUCACUCAUCACUUUUCUCUU